CUUUACUCACGUUUUGUCAACAAGCCAAGCAAGAACUAUGUCGUAUGAAAAAAGAGGUUAUCCUGACCAGGAAUACCCCCCUCAAGAAGCCCCUCCAGCCUAUAAUCAGUCCACUCCUCAAUACAGUUGGCAUGGACAAAGCUAUGCACCACAACCACAGGAUCACCCAGGCUUUCCUCCUGCACCACCUACAGGCUAUGAAACACAAUACAGAGUUGUGGCACCAGGAAUGGUUACAAUGGCAGAACCUCCACCCCCAGAUUAUAUGACAAGGGCCAUAAUGGUGACUGUGUGUUGUUUUUGGCCUAUUGGUAUUUUUGCUAUCAUGAAAGCCAGUGAGAGUAAGUCAGCAUAUGCUAGGGGUGAUCUUGCUGGUGCCAAAGAAAACUCCAGAUCAGCAAAACAGCUAUCCAACAUUGGUAUUGCUGCUGGUGUUGUCUCCGUGGUCAUCUUAGUAAUUAUCAUGGGUGUGUACUUUGGCCUGAUUUUUAGUUCUUCUAGAUUUGGUUAAACAAUUGAAGAAAUCGACAAGAAACAAUUGAUGAUAUCUCAAUUUUAUAGCUAACCCUUUUGAAGUGUUAUAUGUAUAAAAUAUUUGGAUCGACUUAUAUUUUUUAAUUAUAUUGAUUAAUACAUAUCAUAAUAAGAGAUAUUUUUAAUCUUUUAAAGUCAUGUGACAGACUUAACAAUUUAUAAAUGCAUGUAAGGAAUACAUGAUACUGAUAUGUAAACAAAUUGUUGAAAAACUGUGUCUUAUUAAAUUAUGUCAAAUAAAGUUUAUUUAAUGUACAUGCCUAAUGUGGUUGUGAAAUAUUUUGAAUGUGCAACAUAGUUUUAACAAACAAAGCGAAGCUUUUACUUGUCAGAUCUGUUAUUCAUUUUUUAAACCUGUGGACAUUUUUUUUAUAAAAGAUAUGAUUUAGUAUUUAUUUGAUACAUGUAUAUUAAUUUUAUGAAAAUUUCCGGGUAAUGUUUUAUACCUCUCUUACAUAAGUAUUUUAUUAAAAAUUUUAAUUUAUGGUAAUCUUUUUAGGGAUACUUUUCUACUUAACAAGAAGAGGCAAAAUAUUUUUUAUAUUUAUCUUGUUAUACCACAUGCAUGAUAUGCAUUAUUUCCUUGGAAUUAUAUUGUUUGAUUUUUUUUGGGUAAAUUUGCAGGUCUAAACAUGCCCUAAAUGUUUGAAUCUCUCUGCUUUAGUUAUGUUCAACAAUGUAAAUAUUAUCACAAAUUUCAAUAUUGUACCUUAAGAAAACACUGAAGUUUUAUUUUAUUUCAAUCCAUUGAAGAAAUUUUAUCAAUGUAUUUUAUGAAAAUUAUAAAGGAUAAUUAGUUGAAGUAUCACGUUCUAAUGAAACAUUUAAAGCAAAAAAUUUUGUAUAGUAAAUGAAGUAAUUUGAAAAUAUAUUAAAAAUGUAUUGGACAGGCGUGAAAUGAGCAUUUUACAAUGAUGUCAGUUAGGUUUAAGAGGCUUUUAGUAGAAAUAUUUCUAUAGUGUUUUUUGUUGUUUAGUUAUUGGUUACAUAUAUUUGUCUGUAAAUAUAUUUUUUACUAGACCAUGAUAUUAGUUGAUUUUUUCUUAAUUAACAAUUAAUAUAUUAUUGCUGGGUUUAUUUUUUUGGCAGUUCUGGUUAAAAUUCUGUAAUGGUUUUAGAUCAAUCAUUUCAGUUUAAUUGACACAUCAUAAUACCCUAGUGGUUUAAUAAUUUAUCCAUAGAUGCCAACAAUUACCAUUUUCAGUAAUUGUUACGAAUUUUGAACCAAAAUUAUGGUGUUACGAUUAACAAUCUACUUGUAACAGAUUUUUGUUCCUUACCUGCUCGGAACAGUUCCCUGUUUAGAUAGCAUUUUGAUCAUUGUGACCUUUCAUUUUUGGUUAUAAUUUUGAAACAAUAAGCACUUGAAAGAUUCAGAUUAUUAAAUUCUAUCGGGGUUUCUCGAGACUAUCUGUAGUAGAAAGUGAUCUGUCCAUUUCUUGUGUAUUCCGAAUAAUUAAUGAACGUGGCAAGUAUGAUGUAUGACGGAACAAUGGAAUUUCUGCAGUAAGGAAAGAAAUCAGAAAGUGGGAUAAUAUGCCUUUUGCAAAUAUUUUGUAAAGAAGAGUUCCAUUUAGUGCGAUGGUCAGUGUUCCUCACUUGCUCAUCAACUUUGGGUCGUAGUUGUUAUAAAUAAAGGAAGUCAUUUGUCACUGUGUGCCUAGUUGUCUGUAUUAUUAUUAUAAAAUUAAUGGAAAAAAUAUUAUUACUGAAAAAAGAUCAUAAAUUACGGACAUCUUAAUACAUUUUUACUGAUUGCAAUAAAGGAAGGUUGGCAUCUAUGUUUAUCAUUUAUAUUUUUGGCAUUAUGUUUUCUGUGUUUUGAUUAAUUAAUUGUCAAGGGUAUUACUUGUGUUAUUUUUAAUUGUCAAGGGUAUUACUUGUGUUAUUUUUAUGCUUAUAAGUGAUCAUGUAUAUGGACAAGAAGAUAAGACCUAGGCAGCAAUGCAGAAAUAUUCUUCAGUUUUCAAACCAUACAAUUCUUUUGACAGUUUGAUUCUCGAAAUAGUAUAUGCUGGAUAAUAUACUUAUACCAAUGGCAAAUUAUAUCCUGGAAACAAACGUACAAGAAUGAUUAUUAUUUUUAACUACUAACACAUAAAUAACAUAUUCUAUUGUCAAACAAUAUAUGUGACAAUGUGGAUAAAAGAUUUACUAUAACUAUUCCAAUUCAUGAUAAACAUGUAGUCAUUUUACUUAUAAUCCACACAUGGAACAAACCCAUAGAGUUUAAUUUCAAUUGAAAGGAGGCAUUCGACUUAUGGCUUAAAUGCAAUAAAUUUUUUUAUGAAAUCAGUUUUUUAAUGCAUUAAACAUCUGUCUAAAUUCCUGACAUUUACUAUUGCUAUUUUAUGAUGCUUUCAAUAUGAGGCUGUACAUUUUUUUUUAUAUAAUCAUAUUUUUUAUACGAAUAAUUACAAAAUGACCAGAUGUUACAUUCCCAUAUUCUUUGUUAUUGUGAUUAUAAAAUCUUACUUUACAAUUAUAAAAUUAUUGUUUCCCAGUAGCAGAGCAGACCAAACUAAUAUGAAGAAAGAAAAGAGUUAUCAUUCUUAGUAUAUUGUUUAAAAAUCAAAAUGUUUUUUUUUGUUAUCAAGAAAAACUUAGACUUAUUUAUAAAAAGAUUAGGAAUACAAUUUAAAAUAUUUUUCAAAUUAAGGGCCUUUUAAAGGCAACAUGACAAACAGUUCUAAAUUGUUUUCCUUAAAAUCUUAACUGAUUUAAAUACUACCUUGAUAGUUAUCAAGUAGUUUAAUUAUUAUUUUUAUUAAAAUAAUUUCUCUUUUGAGGCAUUUGACAACAAAUGUUUGAAUCAAGUUACUCUACGUAAAUUAUCAUCAUGUUAAGAAAGCACUUCCGAAGAAAGCAAACAAAAUAUAAAACAUGUUUUUAUCAUGUUAAUGUUUGCAAAAUUGUAACCAUGACAGAUGGCAAUUAUUUUAUUAUUUUGUUUCUCAUAUUUAUAUGUGGAUCAAUGUUUAAUUUUAUGUGUUUUUUACUAAGUAAUGUAUAUACAUAUCUAUUGUUAAAAUACUAUGUUGGUAUGUUAAAAUAUAACUGUUAAAAGCAAA